AUGCGUCGGGUGGCGUGCGGCGAAGGGUGUCCUGCGCCUGCGCCCCUACCGCCGACUAACAGAUUAUCAGAAAAUAAGGAAUUGCUUCGUCAACAGCUGUUAUCAUCUAGCAAAGAUCGUAACAGCGAAAAAGUGGAGCCAAAAGUUAAACAAAUUCGGAACAGACAGAAGAAUAGGUGGAAGCUCAAAUUUCACCACCAAGCUUUGCCACAGGAAUAUCUUGAUCAUUACGAGCAAAGCCUCAAGGCUUCAACUAAGAAAAAACCACAAGAAAAAGUCAAAGAGCAAGGCGACGUUAACAUUACCAAUGAAGCAUUUAAAUUGUGGGCUCAGCGUCUAGCUGGCGUACAAAAUGACGGAAAUCGGAAUGUUACUCAAGCGGCGGCCAACAUGACGUCCAAGACCAAAGAAGACAAGAAGAAAAAAGUCGCAGUGGCUCCGAGUAAAAUUAUGACGUACGACGACCUGCCGUACAUGGGAGAGAUGACACUUAAUAAUUCCAAGCCCAGGCGCGGCCGAAAACCAAAAAAAGCUGAUAUCUGCCAUCUAAUAUACGAAAACUAUGGAACAGUAGUACCCGGCCAGCCUCCGCCCGGCGAUAAAUUAGGCUCUUCGUGCCAACAGUUCAGAAAUACGGCCGCUCCCUACUAA